AUGUCUCGGCAUUCGAAGCAUUCCAAUGAUCGGAUGUUUUUUACGGCCAAAGAGCGCGCGGAUGCCGGAUAUUCGAAGACACGGAAGGAGGUAAUGGGCACUGACUGCUUCCUUCCGUUUGGCUUCUGUGGGCUCACUCUGAAGGCCCCGAAGGAUCCCGUGGCAACGCCUACCGGCCACAUCUUUGAUCGGGAAGCCAUCCUGGAAUAUCUGCUGCAACAGAAGCUUGACAUCCAGGCAGAGCAGAAAAAGUUCGAAGAGCAGGAAAGAAAGCGCGAGCAGAGACUCCUCUCGGCCGACAAAGAAGUCGAGAUGAAAGAGCUCGAGGCUUUUACCCGUGCCGAGCAGGGCCUGCUCUCUCAGGACUCCAGGCAUAAACGGGCCCUCGAACAGGCAGAUGCGGUCCGAGAAGGUGUGCCCGAGAAGAAGCUGAGAAGAGGUGAACUGCUGGUUGUUGACAAGAGUCAGCUGAGAGCCAAAAGUUUUUGGACAAAGGAGUUCACACCCACAGCUGCACCCACCGAAGUGAAAAAGGUCGAUGCGACAACUAGAUGUCCCAUGACAGGCAAGAAGCUGAAGGUGAAGGAUUUGAUUCCCGUGAAGAUGGAGGUGGCCGAUCAGAAGUUGAUGGACCAAGGAGGAGGAAAAGGCGUGUACUGCUGCGCAGUAUCCAAGAACCCCAUAAUCCAUCAGCAGGCGUUUCUGCUGAAGCCCAGCGGAGUUGUCAUCCUAGAAAGCGUGUGGAAGGACAUAGUCAGCAAGGAGAUGAAGUGCCCGGUGACUGGAAAGAAGCUGCGGGGCGAAGAGGAUCUGUUAAAGCUGGAACGCGGUGGUUCUGGCUUCAGUGCCCACAACGACGUCGAAGCAAAGUCCUUCAACAUGAUCCGGAGUGCGUCGGGCGACAAUCGAACGCAGCAAGGGCACUUGCCCAGGGCUGGCUACGCGGGACUUCACUGA